AGGCGGGCUUUGGGGCCUCUCCAUAUAUGGCCAUGUCUCCGCCCCUCGCGCGUCAGAAUCUGACAGCGCCGUUCCCGGGGGUCUAGAGUUUUGGCUCCCGGGAAAGGUUCCAUUCCUCGGGGAUGGAGGGCUGAGUUUUGUACGCUUCCCCUCCAUCCUGCAAAAGACGCGUCGGGCCCCUGGUCGAGCUCUCUCCUGUGCCCAGGCACACCUCCAUGGUAAUCAUUUUUUCGUUUAUUUGUCUUUUGGAGCAGAGCAGACCAGCCUUGCCAGAAGUGGUCGAUUCAGCAGUGUCCUGAAGCUGGUUUGUUGGGGUUUUUUUUUCGGGGGGGAAAAGGAUGCUGCUGUUUUACUAGGAUGACACCACGUUGAGAAAGAAGACUUCUCGGCAAACAAACCAACAAGCCCAAUUAUUUAUUGGUGAAAGAAAAAAGAGAGCCGGAACUGGAAGGCAAUCUUCGGCAAAGUACCGACUUUGGCAAAAACGACAACAACAAAAACUUAUUUUUUUCCCCUUCCCUCCCCCUCUUCGCCACCCCCCUUUUCAACUCCUCCGGGUUUUGUUUUGUGUGGUGAGCGUGUGUAGUUUUUUUCCCCCCAAAACCUCCAAACUGGAACGCCAUCCAAGUAGAACUGCUCAGUAUAUUGUUUAUGCCGUGCCAAUACAGGACAGAUUGAAGACGGAAAGACGACUUGAACUGGGCUUUCCUCCGACUGAUCGCGGGGAGUAAAGUCAUCUCGUGUAUCCCGAGGAGAGCGGGGGACCGAGAGAGAGAGAGAGUGGAAAGGAAGGAAAGGAAGAAAGCAAGCAGGAGAGGAAGAGGGGGGAGCCAACCGAGACAGAAACAACCAUCAACUCCUAUUGCCACCCCCACUCCCUCGAGCUGACAUUUCUCAUCAUUUCGAGCCCCAUUUGGUGAGAAGCUGGUUUCGCCCCCCAAAUUGUUUUAAUGUUUGGGAUUCAGGAAAAUAUACCACGAGGUGGGACAACCAUGAAAGAAGAACCGCUGGGUAGUGGAAUGAACCCAGUCCGGUCGUGGAUGCAUACGGCGGGGGUAGUGGAUGCUAACACAGCCGCCCAAAGCGGUGUGGGGUUGGCUCGGGCGCAUUUCGAGAAACAGCCGCCUUCCAAUCUCAGGAAAUCCAAUUUUUUCCACUUCGUCUUAGCUCUCUACGACAGGCAGGGGCAGCCCGUGGAGAUUGAAAGGACAACUUUUGUGGACUUUGUGGAAAAAGAAAAAGAGCCCAACAAUGAAAAAACUAACAAUGGAAUUCACUACAAACUCCAGUUAUUGUACAGUAACGGAGUUAGAACGGAACAGGAUUUGUACGUUCGGUUAAUAGACUCAAUGACCAAACAGGCGAUUGUUUACGAAGGGCAAGAUAAAAACCCCGAAAUGUGCCGAGUGCUCCUGACCCAUGAAAUCAUGUGCAGCCGGUGUUGUGACAAGAAAAGUUGUGGCAACAGAAACGAAACACCUUCAGACCCUGUUAUCAUUGACAGAUUUUUUCUAAAGUUUUUCCUCAAGUGCAAUCAAAACUGUUUGAAGAAUGCAGGAAACCCACGAGAUAUGCGAAGAUUCCAGGUUGUUGUAUCAACAACAGUCAAUGUGGAUGGCCACGUUCUGGCUGUCUCAGACAACAUGUUUGUACACAACAACUCCAAACAUGGAAGGCGGGCUCGCCGCCUUGACCCCUCAGAAGGUACGGCCCCUUCUUAUCUGGAAAAUGUAGCCACCCCUUGUAUAAAGGCCAUCAGUCCGAGUGAAGGCUGGACAACUGGCGGAGCCACAGUCAUCAUAAUCGGCGACAACUUCUUUGAUGGCUUACAAGUUGUUUUCGGAACUAUGUUGGUGUGGAGUGAGCUGAUAACACCUCAUGCCAUCAGAGUUCAAACUCCACCACGGCACAUUCCUGGAGUUGUUGAAGUAACUCUGUCCUACAAAUCCAAACAGUUCUGUAAAGGUGCUCCUGGACGGUUUGUCUAUACUGCCCUUAAUGAACCAACAAUAGAUUAUGGAUUCCAGAGGUUGCAGAAAGUCAUUCCACGGCAUCCAGGUGAUCCAGAACGGUUACCGAAGGAAGUAUUACUUAAAAGAGCAGCUGAUCUUGUCGAAGCCCUGUAUGGCAUGCCCCACAACAACCAGGAAAUAAUCCUGAAAAGAGCAGCUGAUAUUGCAGAAGCAUUAUAUAGUGUGCCACGCAAUCACAAUCAGAUUCCAACACUUGCCAACACUCCAGCUCAUACUGGCAUGAUGGGAGUAAACUCAUUUAGUAGCCAGCUAGCAGUUAAUGUUUCAGAAACCUCACAAGCUAAUGAUCAAGUAGGUUACAGUCGCAACACAAGCAGUGUUUCCCCACGAGGAUAUGUCCCAAGCAGUACUCCUCAGCAAUCCAAUUACAACACAGUCAGCAAUAGCAUGAAUGGAUAUGGCAAUGCUGGAAUGCCCAAUCUUGGUGUGCCUGGUUCUCCGGGAUUUCUUAAUGGUUCCUCAGCUAACUCCCCUUAUGGCAUAGUGCCGUCAAGCCCUACCAUGGCAGCCUCUUCGGUCACCCUCCCUUCAAACUGUAGCAGUACACACGGCAUUUUCUCAUUCUCACCUGCCAAUGUCAUCUCUGCAGUGAAACAAAAGAGCGCCUUUGCUCCUGUUGUCAGGCCCCAAGCUUCUCCUCCACCAUCUUGCACCAGUGCAAAUGGAAAUGGACUUCAAGCCUUGAAAAGAUAUCAAAACCCCUUAAGCUGGGAGAGAUAUGGGGAAUGGAUUUGCAACACUGGAUAGGAGCAUACCUGGUGACAGUUGCUAUUCAUCUCCAGAUAUUAGCUAUGUCUGGGCUUGUAGUCCCACCAAUGUAAAUUCAUUUUUGUUUACCUACUGUAGCACCAAGCUUCAGAAGAUGAGCUUUUUAGGGGACAAGUUUAGUAUAUAAGACAUGCUGAUGGAACCAGUACCUUCAAAAUACAAUCAGCAAAACAUUGAAAUACUACAAAAAAAACUUUGUUUAAAGAUUUUAUUUAAACUACUAAGAAUCUACAUGCAAAGAAUCGACUUCUUCAUGAACAAUUCCAUUUUAUUGACUGAAUUCCUCUCAUAUUUUCACAUUUCUUGGUCCUGAAGAACAAGGAAAAAGCAACGCCUAUUUUGUAUAAAGUUUCUGAUUACGUCUUGGCUAUGUCUAGUACUUGCUAUGUGUCGGGAAAAACUUUGUGGAUGCACCAUUUUGGUUAUCAUGAAACACUGAUGAAAAAUGCCUCCAAAACAUUUUUCUGUACUCAUAACUAGAUUCACAAUGGUUGUGUAUCUCUAUAAUGUGAAAUAUUUUUUUGUGGUGAAAAAAGGGGGCCAAGGAGGUAUGAGCCAUCAAAACUGGAAAAAAAGGAUGAAUAUAUGAUUUGGGAUAAUUUGGGAACUGGGGAGGGUGGGAGGGUUUAUCAUUGCUUAACUUCAUCUUAAUGAAAUGAAACUUUGUAACUUAUUGUAGUUAGAAAUUGUAACUUUGAUAUUGAAUUCUCUUGCCUUCAACAAGCACACUGACAGAGAAAAAUGCUACUGUCUGUUGGUUAAAAAACUAUACUUCCACUGCUAGAGCUUCCUGUUAAGCAAGUGUGUUCUGCAACAUUUUUUCAACUUUUGCUAGCACUGUAUACUAUUGCAUUCUUAGGCUACUGUGAAGUCUAUGUUUCUUGUACCAGAAAAUUGUCCUUUUGACUUCUAGAUCCUUCUUCCCUAAUGUGUUUUGUAUGUGGUUAUAAAAUUGUAGACUUUUGUGAUUUUGCCAAAGUUGUAGCUAAAUAUUUAUACACUUGUCUUGAAUUUUUUUCAGAUCCACUUAAAUAUUUAGAAGAGCAAAUUUUAUCCCUUAGAAAAAUAAGGAAUAAAAUAGUCAUACAUUGCAACACUUUCUUUGACGUAAACACUUGCAAUCACCAAGGGAAUUUAUUUUGUAACAUAUUGAUUAUAAAUAUUGUAUUUAUCUUUGAAAUUUUGUAUAUUGCUUUUCAUAAUUUUUCCCUUGUAUGUAUGUUUUAUUUUUUGUCAUUUGACUGGUAUUGAGAUGCUAUGAAAAGCAUUAAGCCAAGAACAGUUGCCUUCAUAUGUUUCUGUUAAAAUAAAUUUGUGUUCAUUCAUUACAUUUGUAUUUCAAAAAGUUGCUAUUUUUUGACUUUCCAUCCUUUUUUGUUAUUUUGAAGGAAAACAUUGUUUAUUUUUAUAUUAUUUUUAAGUUAUCUGAACAAAUAAUUUUGAAAUAAAGUUGUUUGUUGUAUAGUUAAAACAAAACCGUGCCACAUGGCUGUAAUAAAUACUAGUAGAAUACGUGCAUGUGAUGCAGCCACAAGAAAGAAAGAAAAAGAAGGUUCUCCUAUUUUGUUUGGACUUUUUAUUUUAAAUGUUCUUCUGUUUUGUCUCAUUUCUGAUUUUUUUUUUAAGAUUGUAAAAAGUCAUUUUGAAUUGCCACCCAUGACUUUGCCACAUAGCUGAUCUGUGUUUACCUGGGGGGAGGGGUGCGGUGAGGCCUAAAACUUUAAAAUAAUAAAAUAAAAUUGACUUCUGAUGUUUUAAUUAAAGAGUUUGCUAUGCUAACUUCUCGGAUGCCUUAAAAGUAGACUUGUCUAAAGAACUUUUGUGCUGUUUGAUCAUGGUCUUAUAUACACCACAAUCAAUCACGACUUCAUCUGAUUGAUGAUUUCUGGUGUACAAAAGCACAAACCCUGGAGUGAAAUCUGUUAAUCUACCGCAGCAAGCUGUUUUCUGUUCAUUUCAACAAGAUUUGUACCAACACCAUGGCAAUGACUUGGGUUGGCACCACAACAGCAUUUGGUAGGUUGCAUCCUUGUUAUGGUUGCUUUUUGCUGCACUUUGCAUAGUCUGUAACCCAGCACUGUUUAAGAGAGAGAAAGGCUUUGUAUGCAGUUGGAAGCAUACAUAAUUUUCUCUGUUAUUUCAUUUCCAGGACUUUUGUUUUGUUUGGUUUUUUAGGAAGACUUACAGCCACAACUGUCAUUUGUAAACUCGAUGGACCUCUUUGUUAUCUUGUGCCUGUUUGUGCCAACCCAUAGACAGCUGAUUUCCCCUCUUUCUUUCUUUGCACUAAAUCCUUGGUCAAUGCAGCUCUGCAAAAAAACCCCAUUUUUGUAAACUGCAGCAGAAUUAAAAUUUUAAGCGAAAAGGAGGAACCAUCUUUAAUACAAAAAAAAAAAGAGAAAUGCACAUUUUCAGGAAAUGUUUUAAAAUCAGGCUAUCACAAAUAAUAAAUGUUCCGCACAUUUAUUCUGUGAUCGCCAAGAAAACCUAACUAAGUGGGAAAGCCUAAGAAGUCACUUUGAAACUGAAUUGCCUCAGUUUUCUUUUGUAUAAGUAAGGUUUUGAUCUUUAAAAAGAAAGUUCAUGCAUACAUGUUAACUUUUGCAAGUUUCUUCAUCAAUGGAAUUUGUUUUGUGUGUUAGAUUAUUUAGUCCAUGCACUCAUUGCUUCAUUGUCUCCAAACAGAAAACUUCACUAAAUGGUAGAUUUUACUGUUAAAGACCCUACAAUAAGAUUGUUUUAUCUGUACAUUUUUCAGAUAUUUAACUGUAUAAAAUGUUCAUUUUACACAAUAUUUAAUUAAAGUAUUUCUUGUCUGUGAA